AUGAAGGCUACCACUGCUUCCGUCUUGCUGGCCCUGUCCGCCGCCGUCAAUGGCCGUCCGACUGUUGACACCAAGUACCCUUACAAGGGACCUGCUGUCCCCAUCGGUGACUGGGUUGACCCGACUAUCAAUGGUAAUGGGAAAGGUUUCCCCCGUCUGGUCGAGCCGCCUGCGGUUAAGCCCGCUGUCGCAAACCCGACCAACAAUGUCAAUGUGAUCUCGCUGGCGUAUAUCCCCGAUGGUAUUCACAUUCACUACCAGACCCCCUUUGGACUCGGUCAAUCGCCUGCCAUCAAGUGGGGUACUAGUCCUAACCGGUUGAUCAAUGUUGCGCGAGGCUUUUCGCACACCUAUGAUCGUACCCCAUCCUGCUCGCAGAUCAAGGCUGUCACUCAGUGCAGUCAAUUCUUCCACGAGGUCUCCCUUCCUCACCUCGAGUCUGGCAAAACCUACUACUACCAGAUCCCUGCCGCCAAUGGCACCACCGAGUCCGAGGUUCUGAGCUUCACCACUGCCCGCAAGGCUGGUGAGCCUGGCGAGUUCACCGUCGCUGUGUUGAACGAUAUGGGCUACACCAAUGCCCAAGGUACCCACAAGUACCUGACCCAGGCUACUGAUGAGGCUGCCUUUGCUUGGCACGGUGGUGAUAUCAGUUAUGCUGAUGACUGGUCCUCUGGUAUCAUGGCCUGUGAGGAUGACUGGCCCGUUUGCUACAACGGUUCUAGUAGUGAGCUGCCCGGUGGUGUCAUCACUGAGGCCUACAAGACUCCCCUCCCCAAGGGAGAGAUCGCUAACCAGGGUGGUCCCUACGGUGGUGAUAUGAGUGUUAUUUACGAGUCCAACUGGGAUCUCUGGCAGCAGUGGAUGGCCAACAUUACCAAGAAGAUCCCUUACAUGGUUCUUCCCGGUAACCACGAGGCCUCUUGUGGUGAAUUUGAUGGCCCUGGUAAUGUUCUGUCUGCCUACCUGGACCACAAUGAGCCCAACAGCACCUGGACCGAGGAUGACCUGAACUACUACAGCUGCCCUCCUUCUCAGCGAAACUUCACUGCUUUCCAGCACCGCUUCCGCAUGCCCGGCUUGGAGACUGGUGGUGUCGGUAACUUCUGGUACUCCUUCGACUACGGUCUCGGUCACUUCGUCUCCAUGGACGGUGAAACCGACUACGCCAACAGCCCCGAAUGGUCCUUUGCUGAGGACCUUACCGGCAACGAGACCCACCCCGAGGCCUCCGAGACCUUCAUCACUGACAGUGGACCCUUCGGUGCCGUUGACGGCAGUGUCGAUGAUACCAAGGCCUACGAGCAGUACAACUGGUUGAAGAACGAUCUGCAGAACAUUGACCGCGAGAAGACUCCUUGGGUUAUCGUUAUGAGCCACCGUCCCAUGUACAGUUCCGCCUCUGCCUCCUACCAGAAGGACAUCCGUGAAGCUUUCGAGGAUCUGUUCCUGGAGUAUGGUGUUGAUGCUUACAUCUCUGGCCACAUCCACUGGUAUGAGCGUCUGUACCCUCUUGGCGCCAACGGCACCAUUGAUACCGCGUCCAUCCUGAACAACAACACCUAUGUUAUGAACCCUGGAAAGUCCAUGACUCACAUUAUUAACGGUAUGGCCGGUAACAUUGAGAGUCACAGUGUACUGGAUGAUGGUGAGACUGUCACCAACAUCACUGCUGUCCUGAACACCAAGGAGUAUGGCUUCAGUAAGUUGACUGUUGCCAAUGAGACUGCCCUCAAGUGGGAGUAUGUUAAGGGUAGCGAUGGCUCUUCUGGUGAUACCCUUUGGCUGCUUAAGCCCGAGGCUCUUGGUGCUAAGGGCAAGGGCAAGGGCAAGAGUCCCAUUGGUAAGAAGCCUGUCUCUGUUCACUGGUAG